AUGCAUCCCCAUUUAUGGACCAAAGAUAAUUCUGCAGCUUGCGAAGAAGUCAUGGCAGCUUUGGAUGAAUGCCAUGCCAGAGGAUUCCUGUGGAAAUGUAUGGGAAUGUGCAACGAUAAAAAGACAGCAGUAAACAAGUGUCUAAGGGCGCAACGACUGGCACGAACAGCGGCGAACCGAGAAGCCGCAAAAGUCAAGAACGAGAAAAUCAAAGCGAAAUGGGCAGAGAUAGAUGAGGCUUCAUAAGGGUAUAAGUCUGAUUUCACAGAUACGUCUCAGGGAUUGGGUCAUGGGGGAAGGGCGUUGGUUUACGAUAGAGGGGGCGUUGGAUGUCAUUCAAUCUUGAAUCAUAUCGGCAUUACAUUUCGGGACAAGACGUUUGCCACGAUGAUACAAAUGGAUCGACUUGAUAAGAGGGAGGUGUGUCGGAUAUGGAGUAGGUGCUAUAUUAAGUGUCUGUACUUCGCGGAUGAGACCAUAUCAAGAACUCAACUCAACUCAACCAUUAUAAACAUCU